AUUCCAUCAUUUGAACUUGCACCAGAGUUCAACAAUGGAAGUGAAGACGAUGAAGAACAGAAAAGUGAAGAGCUACAUGAAGCGGAGCACGAGAAGAGUAAUGACAAAGCUGAAGAGAGCAAAGAUAGAAAUGGAACAAAGGAUGAAAUGGCAGCAUCUGAAGUGCAGACAGACUGGGGAGAUGGAUUUGAAGAACCAAUCAAUACCCAAGCAUUGGUUAAUGCAGUGGAUGAAAUAUUGGAAAAUAUGAUUGUUAAUAACAAAGUUGACAAUACAUCAGAAAGAACUGAAGCCGUGGAUGCAGCGAACAUUGAGGUUCCAGUCGUUCAGAACUCUGAAGAUAUCCAGAAGAAUGGGGUAGAAAGUGCUGAAGCAGAGAGAGUCGAAGUGGUGAUGACUGAGCAACCAAAUGGUGAGAAAUGUGAUGAUCGCCAAAAGAAGGAUGGGGUUGAGAUGAAUGAUGGUGCAUUUGAAGACGUUGAGAAAAGGCCAAGGAGAGAUACUAAAGCACCAAACAGGUUGUCUUUGUCAGGACCCGGAAACGGGAAAAGAAGGAAGAAGGAUGCCGCAAGAAAUGAGCUAAAAAAGGUAGUAGUGAGAGGGCCUCUGACAUUAGACCCAAAACAGCAGCCAAGUGAUAAGUUACAAGAAAUUAUAAUUGAUUUCAUGUAUGCGGGGCUACUAAGAAAUCACGAAAAGUCUGGCGUGAAGAAGUAUAAUGCAAAACAUGAAAUGCUGAAAUUGAGAAACAUGACACCAUUGUGGAAUGAUGGAAGACUGACAAGCAAGUCCUGGUACUACGCCAUAUGGUUUCAGGGGAAUUGGAUACAAGACACA